AUGGCUGACCCUCAGGCUCCCUUCGUCUACACAGAAGGUCAACUACAGUGCAUCCUCGUCGACGGCGACGUGGACCGGCGCAUCGGGUUCUUGAUCGAGGGCCUCUUUGCGGUCCGGAGAACUCAGUUCCGAGGGCACCCGCCCGUCCGUCCGGAGCUUGACCUCGUCGAGCAGGACGACCAGUUCACGCAUCAGAUCGAAAUCCCCCUCGAGGACAGCCAUGCUGAUCAGCUCGACCCCGAGACCCAUCUCGAUGUGUUCAAGCCAAGCGCCACCUUCGUGCAGGACGAGGCAGCCUACGAGGACCUCAAACGAAGCAUGCUAGGAGAUGAUGGCGAGGUCAUUGAAGAAGACGAGCCCAACGACGACGACGACGAUGACAGUGAGGAUAUGGAGGUGAUCAAGGACGAGACGGAGAUCAAUCUGAUCAACCUCCGGAGAACGAUAUACCUGACGAUCAUGUCGAGCGCCGGCGCUGAGGAGGCCGGGCACAAGCUCCUGUCCAUCAUGAGGCCGGGCCAGGAGGCGGAGCUCUGCGGCAUGCUCGUGGAGUGCUGCAAGCAGGAGAGGGCGUCGUCCAACACACGGUUCUACGGCCACCUCGGGCAGCGGCUAUGCGGGAUCAGCCGAGCGUACCAGGCAGGCUUCGAGGCGUGCUUCGCGCGGUGCUACGCGGCGGCGCACCGCAUGGGCACCGACGAGCUGCGGGCGGCCGACGCCGUCCCAUGGCGCAGCGUGCUGGGCGGGGUCAGGAUCGCGGAGGAGGACACCACCUCGUCGUCGCGCAUCUUCAUGAAGGUAAUGUUCCAGGAGAUGGCGGAACAGCUCGGGGUACGGCUGCUCGGCCGGAGGAUGAACGACGACGACGAGCCGGAGGUCCGUGACGCCCUGUUCCCCCGGGACUCUGCCGAGAACACGCGCUUCGCGGUCAAUUUUUUCACGGCGGUUGGGCUUGGCGGCGUCACUGAACCUGCGAGGAAGAUCUUAUCACUGUAA